GAAACGCACUGUGAAGGUAGAGCUCAGUCACCUCAUAUUUUAUUAGUUUGUUCAGAAAGGUAUAAAUAGAAAAUAGCUAAGCUAAAGCUAGAACGGUACAGAAUUAGCAUAUGAACAAAUUAACAAGGAAUAGAAAGAAGAAUUUGUAUUAUAUACACAACAGGAAUCGGCUCUUAGAAUCGACUCUUCUGAGUCGCUAACAGGAAUCGACUCUCAGAAUAGGCUCUUCUGAUGCGUCACCAGUCAUCGGCUCUUAGAAUCGACUCCUCUGAGUCGCUAACAGAAUCGACUCCUUUGCGCAUGACACGUCGCUGGCGGAUGUUGCGUCACUGCUGCUUUAAAGCGGACGGAGCCGGAGCCGGAGCGGAUGGGCCGGUACCGAGUCUAAAGACACGGACGCAGAGCCGCUAGCGAGGCCGGACCGAAGCUCUGGACGCACCCGGACCCCCCCGGGGAGAAAACCGGAGCGAAGGCCGAGCUCCCUGAAGGAGCCCCCGUCCACGGGGCUGCUUUUCCAAAAUGGCCGACACUGAGGUCUCCCUGCCCACGCUCCACCUUAGCCCCUCCCACUCUGCUCCGCCUCCUCCACCGGCCUCCUCCUCCUCCCCCACCACCUUCUCCUGCCCCUCCUCCCCUUCCAGUGCCUCCUCUUCCUCUUCCUCCUCUUCCUCCUCGUCCUGCUCAGAGACCUCCUCAGAUUGCCCCGCCCACCACCACCAUCAUCAUCAUCACCACCAUCACCACCAUCACCAACCCCGGCCUCAGCUUCAGAUGCCCCCGCCCACCCACAGCGAGCAGCCGUCCUCCCCCAGCGCUAGCCCUCGUAGCUCCAGCCCCAGCGGUAGCAUUGGUAGCAUCGGUAGUAUCGGUAGCUCCAGUGGUGGCGGUGACCCCCGAGGACCCAGCCCCCCCAUGGAUGCCAUCUCAGAGGACGCCCUGGAGAUGGACCUGGGCGUCGACCAAGUGAUCGACCCAGAAGUUGCUCUGAAGGCGUGUCAGGAAGUGCUCCUCAAGGUCAGGCUGCUCGACAACAAACAACAACAGCAGCAACAGCAGCAGCAACAACAACAGCAACAUACGACGGAGCGUUGUGGUCCACAGUGGAACAUGGACACCAGCUCCAUCCAGGAGGAGGUGGAGGAGGAGGUGCAGGAAGAGGUACAGGAGGAGGUGCAGGGAGGUCGGCCAUCUUCCUCCAAACAGUCGUGGCUGCUGCGCCUGUUUGAGUCCAAGCUGUUUGACGUUUCCAUGGCGAUCUCCUACCUGCACAAGUCCAAGGAGCCGGGGGUCCAGGCCUACAUCGGGAACCGGCUCUUCAGCUUCCCCCACGGGGACGUGGACUUCUACCUGCCCCAGCUCCUCAACAUGUACAUCCACAUGGACACGGAGGUGGGCGACGCCAUCAAGCCCUACCUGGUCCACCGUUGCCGUGGCAGCAUCUCCUUCAGCCUCCAGUGCGCCUGGCUCCUGGGGGCGUACUCGUCUGACAUGCACAUCUCCACCCAGCGUCACUCCAGAGGAACCAGACUCAGGAAACUCAUCCUGUCUGAUGACCUCAAACCCUCCAGAGCCUCUGGUCCUGGUCCUGACAGCCCCCUGUCCCCCCUGUCCUCGCCGGCCCUCCGACGCCACCAUCGCCAUGACAACCACCACCAUCACCACAGCGCCGCCACCACAGAGGCCGGCCCCCAUGGCCCCGCCCCCCAUGGCCCCGCCCAGAGGGAGGUGUUGGCCUCCCCGUCCAGGAGGACCCACCAGAGGUCCAAGUCUGACGCCACCACGGCUCCUGGUCUUCCUGGAGCCGGGCUCCGGCGGACCGGGAGCAACCCCAAGAUGGAGGCGGUGCAUGAGGAGCCCGAGCGUCUCCGUCCCCAGAGGGACUUUGUGAAGUCUCUGCUGGGCAUCGGGAAGCGUCUGGCCACGCUGCCGACCAAAGAGCAGAAGACCCAGCGUCUCAUCUCAGAACUGUCCCUCCUCAACCACAAGCUCCCGGCCCGAGUCUGGCUCCCGACGGCCGCCCACCAGCACCACGUGGUCCGGGUCCCCCACAGCCAGGCCGUGGUCCUCAACUCCAAGGACAAGGCUCCCUACAUCAUCUAUGUGGAGGUCUUGGAGUGUCCCAGCUUUGAGACGUCUCCGGUUCCCAUCAGGAUCCCAGAGACCAGGAUCCGUUCGGCCCGUUCUGCUGAGAACCUGGACUGCGGCGCCAUCUUUAAUGCUAACGCUAAUGCUAACGGUAGCAUGACGUCGGAGCAGAGAGCAGGAAGUUUCUCCACCGUGCCGAACUACGACAACGACGACGAGGCCUGGGCCACGGACGACAUCGGAGAGCUGCAGGUGGAGGCUGAGGCCCAGACCAGCAGCAGUGACAACAUCAGCCAGUUCUCUGUGGACAGCCUGACCAGCCUGGAGAGCAAGGAGCCCGUCUUCAUCGCAGCCGGGGACAUACGACGGCGUCUCUCUGAGAACCUGGCUCAGACCCCCACCACGUUCAGGAGGGACCCUGAGGACCCUUCGGCCGUGGCCCUCAAGGAACCCUGGGAGGAGAAAGUCAGGAGGAUCCGGGAGGCGUCGCCCUACGGUCACCUGCCCACCUGGAGGCUGCUGUCCGUCAUCGUUAAGUGUGGAGACGACCUGAGGCAGGAGCUGCUGGCCUAUCAGGUGCUCCGGCAGCUACAGUCCAUCUGGCAGCAAGAGCGAGUUCCUCUGUGGAUCAAACCCUAUAAGAUCCUGGUGAUGUCUUCAGACAGUGGGAUGAUCGAACCCGUGCUCAACGCCGUCUCCCUGCACCAGGUGAGGAAACAGAGUCAGCUGAGUCUGCUGGACUACUUCCUGCAGGAGCACGGCAGCUUCACCACCGAGAACUUCCUCACGGCCCAGAGGAACUUUGUCCAGAGCUGCGCUGGCUACAGCCUCAUCUGCUACCUGCUGCAGGUCAAAGACAGGCACAACGGGAACAUCCUGCUGGACUCUGAAGGCCACAUCAUCCACAUCGACUUUGGCUUCAUCCUCUCGAGUUCCCCUCGAAACCUCGGCUUUGAGACGUCCGCCUUCAAGCUCACAUCAGAGUUUGUGGACGUGAUGGGCGGUCUGGACGGAGACAUGUUCAUCUACUACAAGAUGCUGAUGCUUCAGGGUCUGAUCGCAGCCAGGAAGCACAUGGAGAAGGUGCUGCAGAUCGUGGAGAUCAUGCAACAAGGUUCUCAUCUUCCCUGCUUCCACGGUUCCAGCACCAUCCGAGGCCUGAAGGACCGGUUCCACAUGGCCCUCACGGAGGAGCAGCUUCAGAUUCUGGUGGAGCAGAUGGUGGACGGGUCCAUGCGCUCCAUCACCACCAAACUCUACGACUCCUUCCAGUACGUCACCAACGGCAUCAUGUGACCGGGACCUGGGACCCGUUCUCCGGGAGGACGCUUUUAGAGUGAUCUUUGAAAGUUCAGCAUCUGAAUCUUUUGUGGUGGGACUCAGUAGAAGUAGGACUGACUUGGAUCUACUUCCUGCUCCAGGUUCCAAACAUUUCAAGGAACCAAUCAGGACCUGAGUGUGUGGUGGUUCUUGAAGAACUGAAGAAGUUCUGUUCUACUCUUGACAUGGCACUUUAGUUUGGGUCAGAUUUAAUACAAGACAUAGCCGUGUUAGCCUUAAAUAAUGCGAACAGAGCACAGCAUGCUAACUGUUAGCAUGCUAAUGUUGACACUGGAACGUGUCUCAUGAACAUUUGUGUUUUUAAUAUUUGGACUAAUUCACUCAUUCUCAAAACCAAAGGACUAGAAGAAAAUGUUCAUGCUAACACUCCAGUUAGCAUGCUAACACUCCAGUUAGCAUGCUAACACUCCAGUUAGCAUGCUAACACUCUAGUUAGCAUGCUAACGGCAUCAUUCAAUCCAUGAGUUUUAAACCUGAACUUUAUUGCCAGUGUUUUUUUUUGUUGUUGUUGUUGUUGUUGGUGUUGUUGUUGUGAAGGGCUGACUCUGAGAUUUCAAACCUUUACACGGCUCUGCAGCUGUCUACAGAUAGCAUGCUAAUGUUAGCGUCAGAUUACCUGCGUCUGCUUUGAGCCAAAAUGGCCGACAAGUGAUUUAUGUGAACUAUCAUCAUGGUGUCUUCGAUUUAUCUCUGAAUUCAUGAGUUUGUUUUUAUCUGAUUAUGUAACGAAGGCUGGACCUUCCUCCUCCAUGACUGGCCCUGAGAUACGUUCCCGUGAUUAACACCGGCCAAUCAGGAGGAGGCAGCAGCUCUGUGGAUAUUUUCUGUUAUCAGAACUUUGAUGAUCUGUUUCUUGAACCUGUGAAUGUUUUAUUUCCCUCUCUUUAACACUUAUCACCAACUUUAAUCCAGAACAGCUUUAGUUUAGGACUAAAGUUGAUGUGUUAUUUGACCACAAUUGAAGGAGAACCAUUGCUAACUGUUAGCAUGCUACAUGGAGAAGUUCGAGGCCUCACCCCAGAAAGUGCUUAUAUUAUUAACUCUGAUUAACUUCAAAGAAACAACCGAAGCAACUUCCUUGCUUUAAUAUUUAUGUCCAGAUUAACACUAGAAACAUUUCUGGUAUUUUAUUAGUGUUCAAAGUGACAUUUCCACUGUUAACUAAGUAGAAGUGGCUAAAAUCGCUGUUUUUCUGACUGGAGUCUGGUGGAGGAGGCACUGCCAUCUCUUGAAACUCAUCCCUGCAGAUUAAGUCCUUCCUUCAGCGACAAACGGUUUCAAUGUGAACGAACUUUGUUUAAGUGCAUUUAAGAGUCUGAUGGUUUAUCGUGAACGUUCAACACUAACUCCACCCAAGUUUGAAUCCGGUUUAUCGACACAAACACUUUUCACUGGAUUUGAUUUCUGAUGUUUUACACAGACGCCAUCAUCUCAGCAGGAGGAGGAGGAGGAGCAGGAGGAGGAGGUUUAAACUGUGAGCGGCUGCUCCUCGUCUCAGAAUGUGAACCUGUUGUUUGUGUUUGUUUACUCCAUCGUGUACAGAAGAACUAACUCUGCAUGAACGCAUUCAAUAAACCUGAAACCUGCUCUGA